ACAUUUGUUUUUGUUAUAUUUUUAAAAUUUACAUAAUUUACAUUUUUUUUAAUAAACAUGAUCUAGUUUACAAUGUAUUGCAGUAUUUUUAUGCUGCAAUUAUCACAUAUAAAGUCCGUCCAUUUUAUUUUAGUAUUUAAUCAAUACUUGUAACAUUUUUAAUAAUGGAUAAAUAUUAUAAAAAUAUAUCAGACCAAAGCAAUCCCAGUGCCUGUUUUGUAUGUGCAAUUAAAGAAAAUUUAUUUAUUUUAUCAGAAAAAUUGGAGGAAGUUGAUGUCUUUCUAAAACUAUUUAAAUUAGAGACCAGUCCCAGUCAAGAAAUAAAAAGAUAUUUUUGCGCUGUAUGUUUUGAACGGUUUAAAGAAAUAUGUCAAUUUAUAUAUGUUACACAAAGGAAGAGAAACUCAAAAGAUCAUAAUAUAAAUGAUGUAUGUAAAGUAUGUUUCCAGUCUGAAAAAUUAAUUUCAUUUCCUCCACAUUUAUUAGAUGUUUUCAGAAGUAUAUUUUACGGAGAGGCCAUUGAAAUAAAAGAGGAACUUCUGCAGGAUGAUGAAGAUGAUAUAUUUGAUGAAACAGAGUCAUUGUUUAAAAAUGAAGAUGCUUCUGUUAAAUUUGAAAAUAAUAACAAUUUUGAUGUAAAGACUGAAGAAAUUCAAAUAGAGGACUAUCAUCUGCAUCCUGUGCUGAAAUGUGAAGUUGAAGAUGAAGGUGUUCAAUGUAACUAUGAUGAAAUCAUACCUCUUAAGUGUUCAGUUUGUGGAAGAUCUUUUAAAACUACAAGAGACUUAGUGAAUCACUUGAAGCAAAGAUUACGAUGCAGAUAUCAAGUCCCAUUCGUUGCUCAAUAUUGGAAAUCAUUUGUACAAAAAGUGGCCAAACCUUUUAAAUGCCUGGUGUGCCUUAAAUGUAAGUGA